GGACGUGCUACUCCCACCCAUCAAUCCACCCAUCCCUCAGCGCUCAUUGCUAGCCAGCCACCCCCAUUACUCUCCACCUAGCUUAACAACCACCGCCGCCGCCGCUGCUAUGGCUUCCAACACCGCCAACGCGGCCUCCGAGGUGAGCAACGCCAUCACCGACCUCAACGACCACCUCGCCACCGCCCUCGGCGCCGGCGACGAGGCCGGCAAGACGACCGUCAUCACGCUGGCGGGGGAGAACAACGGCGCCGCGAUGGACGCGGAGGACCUGGUCGUUGUCGAGGCCGGCGGCGAGGGGGAGGAGGGCGAGGAGGAGGAGGAGGUGCACGUGGCCGCCUACACCAACAGCAACUACCAGGCGGUGAACAACUCGGUGCUCCUCGCCGGCAGCUGCGCCGUCAGGGACCCCGGCGUGCACGUCGUCAUCGUGGAGCACGUCGACGACAUCCGCGACUGCGACGGCGACGAGAUCUUCGAGGACGGUGAGGUGGCCAAGUGAGGCCAUCUAUCAUCCAGCGGUGCGGAUGACGAUGUUCAGCUUCUACUCAAUUUGGUCGGUCGGUCGGUCGGUGGCUUCUUCGGGCCGUCUGGAGAUGCUGCGUACUACCCUGAGUCGUUUGGAGUUUAUUUAAUUUCUAUAUGAGCGUUUGAUCAUGCACAUGUAUGCAUAUGUUUAUGUAUUGCAUUUAUAUGUAUACGUCCUCCUAGUGUCUGCAAACAUAUUUGUAUGUUAUGUAAGUUUGCCUCAUGUGCGGUUCUGAAAUAUUUGCCACUCCUAGCUUUUAAGGUCCAUGACCGGACCCAUGUGUAAUGUGUUUGAAGCCAAUCUGUUUCAGGCUCACUUUUUAUGUAACUGCUUUCGAGCAUCAAUUUAACAGCAAUGCUAUGGAUUACCGGUGAUUCUUA